AUGCUGCGCAUAAUCAAUCUCCAGACACGCUGUUUGCAAAUUACAGCAAUUCGCCGCCAAUCGUCCAUUCUUCGAAAAUUGGAAAAUGAGUCAGACAUAGACAACCUGUUUUCCACCCCCGCAACGCCAACAGUCAGCACCUCGCAUGCCGAAGUCGACCCAUACAUACUUCGCAAAUUGCUGAAUCUCUCAGGUCUGUCGCAAAGCAUUUCGGUUCAGGAGAAGCAGGAACUCAUAGUCUCGUUGAAUGACCACCUCAAAUUCGUUUCGCAGCUGAAGGGUGCUACAAGUUGCGGUGAGCUUAAAAGACUGGUGGAGGACACUAAAGAGCUUACUUUCGAUGAUAUCGUCUCUGAGAUUGAAAAUAGCCGUGCAGAACUCGAAAAGGGCGAACCAGAAGAGUCGUGGAACCCGCUAAGCCUGACGUCACAGCACCAAGACAGCUAUUUUGUCGUAAACGAAGGCCUCAUUAAACAAGAUAAGCAAUAA